AUGGCGACGCCGAUUUCCCUGGCGCGUGGCGUGCUGACCCCUCGGCGCAGGGCGUCCUGCUCGCAAGGGAGCGAGGGCGGCGUCCUCGCGCCGCGAGCGGCAAGAGGGGCUCGGAGCCCGACCCCGCGGAGCCCGGAGGAGCUCAAGAGCGCUUCAUCUCGCACCCUGUCUCCGGAGGAGGAUGUGCCAGUCACCUCUACGGAAUCACCCGCCGAGAUCCUCUCCAAGUUUAGGUUGUACGACCUUGGCUCGCAGGAGCUUGUCGAUCUUCGCUUGCAAGAUCUUGAACACCGGGUGCAGGCUCUGGAGAGGGCGUACGAGGUAUCGAAAGAGAGCAAUGGGGCAAAGUUGCAGGAACCGUUUCAGAGAAAGGGCCUGCAUAGCGAGGAGUCCGGGAACGAGGAGAAGCUGUGGGAUGAGCUGACCGCGAAGCUGCAUGCAGAGGCGAGCAGGCAGGCCAGUGUGCUGGCCUGCAAGACCGAGCAGCAGCUGGCCAUGGUUGACAGACAGCUGGCGGAGCUGUUGGGGAAGGCACAGGCUCUCAUCCAGCAGAGCGCGGCGCAAGAAGAGGAGAGGCUUUCCGUGCAGAGUGGGCACAUGCUGCAAGAGAUCAGGGCCCAGCUGGGCUGGGUGGAGCCAUCGGAGGUGCACGCACCACAGGAUUGGGCCGACGGAGGUGCUCGAGAUCGACCAGGCAGAGGUCGCCAGCACAGCGCCAGGUAUGUGGCAGCUCACGAGGUUGCUCCCGCUGAGUCGAUAGUCAGGCUGCCCGUGGAGCCAGUUGCGCGAGGUGUCACGGGUGACACAUCGCCGAUGGCAACUUCAACAAGUGUGGCAGAGUUGCUGGCAAAGCUCCAGCAGAGCGCUGCCCAAAGCUAA